CCAAGUCUGCCCUUCCCUGCAAAAGGAGGGACUUGCAGCUUCUGACCUGGUAGUGUGAGAAAUGAAUUCAGAGCAGAAAGAGCUAGUUCUGCUUUAGAGCUAGCCCGUGACACCUUGCCUGGGGACCCUCUGCUUCUGCCGGCAUUUGUGCCUCACCUUCCCAAGUGAAGCCCUAGUCUCUCAUUUGGGAAUUGCCCAACAGCACAUCAGGACUGCUGAUACUGUGCCUGGGAGUCCCAGCCGUGGACCAGGGCACCAAAGCCUUAUGUUCUGUUCAAAUGCAAUCACCACCUGCUUUCUGCUCCUCUUCUGCCCCUCUAACCACUCUGAAGACAGUCUACUGUGAAGGAAAUUACAGAAAAGUGUGAAGGAAGAGAGAAGAGAAGCUAGAGUUAAAGGAAAAGAGAUCUUUAACAACGAGGACGAGACCCUGCAGGCUUGGAGAGAGAAGAGUGGACAAGGGAAAGACCCACGCAGAGAUGUGGGGGGAGCAGCUACAAGCAAAAGAAGCAAAUAUAAAAAAAUAGAGGCAAAACGGGGCAGGGGAGAAAAAAAAAAAGAAAGAAAGAUGAGGUGCUAGAAAUACGAAGGGUGGAUAGAAAGGGAGGGAGAAAAUACACAUACAGUGUCCCCAAGUUUGGGCACAGCAGCAAAGUUUGCUGCUUGUUGUCUCAUGAGCCCAGCGCUCCGGGAAGGACAGUAUCUGUUUAGAUUUGUGUCUAAAUUUAAACCCUGAUUGCCUUGCCUCCCCCUCCUCUCCCCUCCCUCCCUUCCUCUCACCCACCCGCCCUUCUUCCUUGUUCGUAGUGCAGGGCAGCUCACUGGGCUCUGUCAGUUUUCAAGCUGAGCAGGAGCGUGGAUAUUACAUACCCUCCACAGCAGCACGAUUUUGCUCUGGCUUGGCUGAAGUUUUCCCACAGAUAAGAGGGAAAGGGGUGGGGAAGAAAGAUUGCCCUGAGGACACCUCUCUGGCAGGACAUGGAGAACAGGCCAACAGAGACCAAUUCAGAGGUGGACACGUCAGCAUCACCCUCAGUGGCUCAGCUAGCAGGGAAAUUCAAAGAGCAAGCAGCCAAUAUCACUGGAAAAGAGGUACCACCACAUAAGCCAACUCGGAGGAAACCACCAUGCUCCCUUCCACUGUAUUCCAACAAAACCGAGACAAACCUCAACAAUGAGCAAAAGCCAUCUCCAAAUGCUUGCCCCAUUCCCAAGGUCAAGGUGAAAAGCUCCCCCAUGAUUGAAAAGCUGCAGGCCAACCUGGCUUUUGCCCCAGCUGCUCUGCUGCCGGGAGCAUCUCCCAAAAGCCCUGGCCUGAAAGUCAUGGUUUCUCCGUUCAGCACCCCUCCCUCAACCCCCAGCAGCCCGGGCACUCAGCCGCAGCCCGUUGAAGCAAGCGAGACGCCGGUCAGCUUUGAUCAACCCCCCGAAGGCACUCAGCUGCAGUUCUAUAACAAGGUGCGGACGCGGGGAUCAAUAAAGCGUCGGCCUCCCUCCAGGAGGUUCCGAAGAUCUCUGUCUGACUACGGAGACGGGGAAGAUACAGGGCUCAACAUCUCCUCUCCAGAAAACGGUGCUAAAGAAGACGGGGAUGAGGUGUUUGGGAAUAAGGGCAAGACAGAAGAGGAUGAAACAGGGAACAAAGAGCUAAAGAAACAGGUGGGGACUGAUGAGAAGCCCCCAUCGAGGAGAGUAUCCAGCAGAUCAGAAAAUGAAGAAAAAGGGGAAAAACAGGCAGAAGAAACGACUCCUUGCAAGAGUAAUGCAGGGGAUACAGAGGAGAAGGAGGUGUCGCAUGGUGCCCCAGGGGAGGAAAACUCACCCCAGCCUCCCUCUGGAGACAAGGAGGAAAAGGUGUGCGAGGGUCCCCAGGGACAAGAGGAGGAAGGCAGUGCCUGUGAACAGGAAAAGGGGGACAAGGAGAAAGAAGGAACCGAAGCGAAAGAGACCAGUGAGAGCACACACACAGAGAAAACGUCAGACACUGAAGAAACACCACUGGCACCUGAACCGCAGCAGGACGCAGUGGGUUUAGAGACUGCAAGUGAGCCUUCAGCAUCCCCCACACAGGACCAGGGCACAGAGUAAUCAUGACACGUGUUAGGACAUACCCAAUCAGGACACAGAAGAUGAUGUGUGAACAGGAGCCAUCUAACCCAAUCAAGGUUGAAGCCACUGGAAAACCUUCGGUGGCAGGAGACGAGUAGAAUAUGGAUAUCCCCCGAGGUCCAGACUGAUCCCAGCGCUGAGUGGCUGCUCGCUGGCUCUGUGCUUUGCACCAUUGUGACAGUCAGAACAAGAGACUGGCUUACAAUUGCUUCAGAAGUCAAAACUGAGGUGCUGGCUGAUGUCCCUGGGUGACUGCUGGGGACUGAGAGACCUGAUGUGUCCUGUCCUGGACCCAACGGCCACCGCCACUCCUGGGCCCUCUCUUCCUUAUUCCUGCUGAGCUCCAAAAUGUCAUUUUCUUCUCCCCUGCAUUGGUCUUGGAUGAAGUUCAUCAGCUACAUACAUAUGUGUAUGGUGCCUUUUCAGUAGCUUCUUUUGAAAUAUUUUGGGUUUUCAAACUUCAGUAAAUAAUGUUUUAACAGUAGGAAAAAAAAAGUAUGUUUUCUCCAUGUAUGCUGUAUGGCAGACAAUGUGAAUCCUAAAUAUGGGGAAGACUCUUAGGAAAUUGUUCGUAAAGCAUAAAAUGCUUUCAAAGUGGGGGUUGAGCUGGCUAAUCUGUGAAACGCGCAGUCAUGGUAGGCAAUUUUUGUGUGCUUCAACUUUGGGGUAUUUUUAAUGCUGGUGGAAAGUAACAACCGACAGAUUUGAGGCACAGAAAAGAUGUGCUGUGUAGGUCAGUAGGGCAUGUUCUCUUACCCAACUCUGUGCUCCAGUCCUGAUUUAGAAAGGCUGCCUGUCUGUCCGUCUGUUUUUCUUCCAGGCCCUGUCCCAACUUUUGAUUCUCUUUUGAAACUUUGAGUGUGUAACCACUUAGUGCCAUUUGUGACAGAAAGCAUCCUGGCUUACUAGAAACAGCCAGUUAAUUUUAUUUAAUCAAAGAGGAGACCUUAGAUGGCUGAGCUGGUUCAAGUCAUGUGGCCAGUCUGUAUAUGAACGGGUGGGGGACAGACAGCCAGUCCCUCAUGAGAACAUCAGAUUGGCAUCGUAUUGGAUUUGUGUUCACUCUUGGAGUGCUAGUUAAGUCAUGGGACUAACGUUUGUUAAGGUAAAAAAGCUUCUCCACUUAGAGAACAUGAAAUCAGGGAAAGAAAACAGGCCUUUACCCACCUGGCUUCCUGACUAGUGCUUGAAGCUGUGUCUGUAUUACUGAAUACAAAGCUGCUGUGCCUCAGGGCUGUGGGGCUCAUGUCCACAGAGCUUAGGCGUAGCCCCUCUGCAGCAGCCUGCCUUGGGGACAGCUGGCCAGCAGUGCCCAAGGCCAAGCCACGGAGUCAGCCAGCUGUCAGGGCUGUGAACAGUUUGGGGCCAGUCACCCAGAAUUCAGCAGUACGGACACAGCUGUAGAGACCAAAGACAAGAGUCAGGAAGCUCCUCUUCAUCUUUCACAAAGAUCCUCCUAGCAAACGUCAAGCUGAACAGAGUUGGAGGCUUGUGUUGUCCCUGUCCCUAUGAGCAGGCACAAGCAUUUUACACAACACAGCCCGCAUCCUUCCUAGACUGGGCUCUGAAGCAUGGCACUGUUACAAAACCCAUGGUUUUGGGGGAUAUCCCCUUUCUGUUCACCAGCUCUACAGUCACAAAGAGAAGCCUCUAUGCCCUGCCUUUUCUCUUCCCAGGUGAGAGCGCCCGUUGAGAGCCAGCAGUGUUGCCCCUGACGCGUAGAAGAGGCUUGUUGGCAAACAUGACCCCCACAUCCUUUUGAGCCAUGUUGUGGAGUAUUGUUGCCUUUGGAUCUCUUUUAAUCUGUUAAAGCUUGUGUUCCAGGGCAGGCUGCAAUCAUUUGCUGUAACCUGUUUCCUCUCUCAGCAGAAUGUCCCACCUGGAUGUGAGUGAUUGUGCCUUACUGUAUAUAUCGAUACAUGUGUGCCUGUUUAGAGAAUGUGUCCCUAGCAAGGGAGUGGAAAUCUGAGGGAGAAACAGAAGAAAUAAACGGUGGAAUAAAAACAAAACAAA